GCCGUUUAUCAGAGGUUCCACAGUUAGUACCUGACCACCACAGUACGACGUGUUUCUACCCUGUGUGACGCCACCAACAAGCACCUCCUCCUGCCACCAUGACCCUUCACCUGCUGUUGCUGCUCUCCCUCACGACUACCUUAGUAUACUCAGGUCGUGUAUAUGAGGAUAAUGAUGAGUGUUUCCAAGGCUAUUUCCAGUGUGCUAACGGCGUGUGUGUACCCAACUAUGUGGUGUGCGACGGCGUGUUGAACUGUGUUACCGGCAGCGAUGAGGUCAACUGUACCUUAAGUAUCGUUUCUCAUCCUUCAGAGGGGGACUGUUUUGACGGGUACUUCCAGUGUGCUGAUGGUGUGUGUGUCCCCAACUCAGUGGUGUGUGACGGUGUGUUCAAUUGUGUCACAGGCAACGACGAGGCCAACUGUUCAUUCCAGGUGGGGAAGUGUCCCUUGGGCUACUUCCAGUGUGCUGACAGUACUUGUAUACCUGACAACUUAGUGUGUGACGGUGUGAUGGACUGUGUCACCGGCAACGACGAGGACAACUGUGGCUAGCCCAGACGUGUGAUUACCGUCCACCUACAACAUGGCUGACGUCACGACUAUGAGAUGCAACCAACCUAUUGCACCAAUGUUGUUAUAAUGUAUUACUACGUUUCAACAACUAAUGUUUUGAAAUGCGUGUUGUAAUAUCUGAUCAACAAUUAAAAAUCAAGAUAAAUA